UGCUGCCCCCCCCGUGGUGGUGCUGCUGCCCCCCGCCCCGUGGUGGUGCUGCUGCCCCCCCGUGGUGGUCCGUCGCCGUCAUGGGGGGCUCCCCCAGUCGCCUGUCCAAGGACCAGUUGAGCGAGUACCAGGAGCUGACGUUUCUGACGAAGCAGGAGAUUUUGCUUGCCCACAAGAGGUUCAGUGAGCUGCUGCCCCAGGACCGCCAGAACAACGAUGACUCCUUGAGAGAGCGAGUCUCCCGCGAGCACAUUCUCUCUCUGCCAGAGCUCAAGGCCAACCCCUUCGGGCAGCGUAUCUGCCACGUUUUCUCCACGGACCAGCCCGAGGGCAGCCUCAGCUUCGAGGACUUCCUGGAUCUCCUCAGCGUGUUCAGCGACGCGGCCACCCCCGAAGUCAAGUCUCACUACGCCUUCCGCAUCUUCGGCUCCCCCCUUGGUCUCCCAGACUUCGACGACGACGGGACCCUGAACAGAGAGGACCUGAAGCAGCUGGUCAACUGCCUGACUGGGGAGGGCCAGGAAACGGAGCUCAGCGCCUCCGAGAUGAAGCAGCUCAUCGAUAACAUCCUGGAGGAGUCCGACAUCGAUAAGGACGGCACCAUUAACCUCUCGGAGUUCCAGCACGUCAUCUCCCGCUCGCCCGACUUCAACAACUCCUUCAAGAUUGUCCUGUGACGGGAGCCAAGGCAUCAGAUGGCUUCAGCCUCUCAACUCUUUCCACCCUCCAUGGCCGGGCCUGCCCUAGCCUUGGGGCCGGCCCCGGGGCAGCCGGGGCCCCAGACAGCGGAAGCGCUCUGGCGCGGGGGUUUUGCGCUGGGUGGCCCUGCCGGGCGUCCUUCUACAGGUGACCAAUAAAAGUUUUGCAGUUGGA